GUGUAAACUCAGAUCUAUGGUGGACUCCACACGCAGUAAUACCAUGGGACCUACAUGCAAGAAUUGCCCAAAUUUAUCCAAAAGAAAAAGAAUAAAAACGAUCCGUGCGCUCUAAUUCUACACUUUCCUUCCUUCUGCUAGACCUUGGUGCCGUCUGCCGCCUACGAUGUCCCAUAGCGAUAAUCUUCUCUUUCCCAGUCGUAUGAUCUGAAGCUUUACGGAAAUUAUUUCUCUUCGAAUCCCAAAUAUUAAAUUUCCGUUUCCAGUUUAUCUGCUGCUAUCUCAAAUGGAUAGAGGUAAAAUUCAAGUUGAUCUAAACACAAAUUGGGAAGAGGGAUUUUCUCAGUUUGAAAGUGUUAUUGCUUCUGGGAAUGAGUUUAUGCAAGUACAAGCCACAAUUAGAUUAGCCCAUCUCUCAAAACACGCACCAGAACAUGUGUUAGCUCGAUGCAUACCGAUUCUGGCUAAGCUUCUUCAGAUUGACAAUUCAAACAAUUUAAAUCACUCUGUUCAAGAAGCAGCAGCUUAUUGUUUGAAGCGAAUUGUUUGUCAAGGUAAUGGUGUCUUGGCCGCAGAGAUCGCCCAAUCUGGUGCUACAAAUUUAAUCUUAAGCUUGUUGCCCCAGUCCAAUGAUAGGUUUCGAAGUGUUUUGAUAAAAUGUGUUUGGUGUCUUGUUAAUUUUGGUGAUGUAAAUCGUUUGAUUGUAGCUAGAAAUGGUGGGCUGGAGAUCGUUUUAGAUAUGUUAAAUUCUUGUAGGGUUGGAAACAGGCUUUACUUGUUGGAGAUUUUGAGUGCAUUGGCAUUGUUAAGAGAGGUUAGGAGGGUGCUUGUUAGAUUAGGAGGGCUUAGAUUUCUUGUUGAGGCAGUUAGGUUUGGCAGCACGAUAUCAAGAGAGAGAGCUUGUCAAGCAGUAGGAUUACUUGGUGUUACGAGGCGUGCUAGGUCUAUGCUUGUGGAAUUGGGAGUAAUUCAGGUGCUUGUGGAAUUAUUUCGAGAUGGAGAUGGGACAACGAAGCUUGUUGCAGGUAAUUCUCUAGGUGUUGUAUCAGCUCAUAUAGACUUCAUAAGGCCUGUUGCUGAAGCCGGUGCUAUACCUUUAUAUGCUGAGCUUCUUCAAGGACCUGACCCUGUUGGCAAAGAGAUUGCUGAGGAUGCAUUCUGUAUAUUAGCUGUUGCUGAAGAUAAUGCAGCUUCUAUUGCUGAACACUUGGUGAGAAUCUUAAGAGAAGGUGAUGAUGAAGCAAAAGUUGCCGCUUCUGAUGUUUUCUGGGAUCUAUCAAGUUGCAAGCACUCAGUUUCAAUUGUUCAAAACUCAGGUGCAAUUCCAAUUUUGGUUGAGCUUUUGAGGGAUGAGAAUGGUGAAGUUAGAGAAAAGGUAUCAGGAGCUAUUGCUCAGUUGAGUUAUAAUGAGGCUGAUCGAGCAGCACUUGCUGAUGCUGGGGCAGUUCAAACUCUCAUCGAAUUACUGCACGAUGAGUCAGAGGAGCUGAAGGAUAAUGCAGCUGAGGCUCUAGUGAAUUUUGGUAAAGAUCCCCAGCAGCAUGACAUAAUAUUUGCGGCAGUUGAUAUUCCUUCUUUCCAGAAUAUGCAGGAUAGAAUGGCUCGACUUCGUGUGUCCGAUGAGCACAUGGUUAGAUCACUGAGACGGAUGAGCAUUAAUCAACUUACUUCGAACCCUGUUCUUACCUAAUAUAGUUCCAUGAUAUAUAUAUAUAUAUCCUCUGCUGCCUGUGAAAUGCUUAAUUUUUAGUCAAGCUGAUGGUACUAUUUUAGUAUUUUAUUGCCAUUGGAGUUCUUGUUUGAUAAGCUUCCAUGUGUUUCAUAGGCUUGUAAGUUGUAAAGCUUUUCACACAUUGUGACAAAGUGAAUAUGUUCUUUUGCAUAUUGCUAUCAAUUGUUAAGAAACAUUUUUCUUUUUC